AUGGCAGAGGGUCUCCGCAAGUAUUUCUCGCAGUUCGGAAAGGUCGAAGCAUGCACAAUCAUGCGCGACGCGGCAGGUCGUUCGCGGUGUUUCGCGUUCCUCACGUUCGAGGACCCCGCGUCCGUGAACGCCGUCAUGGUUCGGGAACAUUUCUUGGACGGGAAGAUUAUCGAUCCAAAACGUGCGAUUCCGAGGCAAGAGCAUCAACGAGCGACGAAGCUCUUCAUCGGUGGCUUGGCUGGAAGUGUCACAUCCGAAUCGAUGCGGGAGUAUUUCUCUCAGUAUGGCAAGGUCGUCGAUGCAACAGUUAUGUUGGACCGCGAGACAGGCCGGAGCAAAGGCUUUGGCUUCGUUUCCUUCGAAAACGCGGACGUACAGCCGCUUCUCGGCUUCGGUAACCUCGAGAUCGAUGGAAAGCUGAUCGACGUCAAACUCGCUCAGCCACGCUCACAACGCGAGAACUUCUCAGAGGGCGGGCAGGCAGGGCAGAGCGGUGGGCAAGGUGGUCAAAGCGGCUACGGCCGCGGCGGAAACUACGGCGCACAGGGCGGCGGCUUCGCCGGCGCCCCGGCCGCGGCGAGCGCAGGUGGCAACGCACCCUUCGACCCCACACAGCUUGCCCAGCUAUACACACGUAUGAUGCAGCAGAUGGGCAUGAACCCCAUGAUGGCAGGAGGCAUGAACAUGAUGGGCGGCAUGGGCGGAGGAUUCGGCGGUGGGAUGAGCGGUGGCCGCAUGAUGCCUGGCAUGGGCAUGGGCAUGGGUGGCGGUAUGAGUCCUGGCAUGGGUAUGGGCCGCGGCGGCGCAGGUAUGGGCGGACCCGGUGCGAUGAGCCCUGGAGGAAGCAUGGGCCCGAACGUCCCUCGUGGCCCACGCAACGGUCCCGGAGGCCCCGGAGGACCUGCGGGUGUAGGCCCGCAACGCGCCGGCCAGCGCGGUCAGCACAACUACCAUCCUUACGCCCGGUGA